CAACUUCUAAUUACAUACCCAACUACCCAAUUUAUGUCAUUAAAUCUUUUAAAUUCUUAUUGUCUCCAUUAUUUUCUUAGCUCAUUCUUUGAUUUAUUCAUUCAUUUUUUUCACUUAAUUUUGCUCUAAUUCCUCAAAAUGAGCAAUCUUUAAUAACUUUUGUUAUCUGGGUACUCUUAAAACUUGUAUUUACUGCAAAAAAAUGAGUUUAAAGAGGAUAAAAAUCCUUACUUUUUGGCCAGUUCUAAUAAAAUUUAUCAUUGUUUUUAGUUUGGUAAAUUUUGUGGAGUGUCAAGAUGUGGGUGACUAUAAUGAAGUUGAUAAUCCUGCUGUUUUACCUUUAAUUACUCAGAUUGUUUAUAGCAGGCUUUCUAAUUUGACCACAAUUAUCAGUAGAGAUAUUAGCAAUCGGUCUAGCUUCUGUGUUAAAGACUCGGAUGCUGAUUGGAACCGAGCAUUCAAUUAUUCUUCCAAUUUGGAUUUCUUGGCUUCUUGCAUUCAGAAAACUAAAGGAGACAUCACACGGCGGAUAUGUACAGCAGCCGAAAUGAAAUUCUACUUUAAUAGUUUCUUUGAUUCAUCAACAACUGACAAUUAUUUGAAACCUAACAAGAACUGUAAUUUAACUUCAUGGGUCAAUGGCUGUGAGCCGGGAUGGGCUUGCAGUAGUGGACAAGAUCAGCCAGUUGACCUUGAAAAUUCACGGGUCAUUCCUUCAAGAACUCUCAACUGCCAUAGCUGUUGUGAGGGCUUCUUCUGUCCUCAUGGUCUUACAUGCAUGAUACCUUGCCCUUUAGGUUCCUAUUGCCCACUUGCAAAGCUCAAUAAGACUACUGGUGUGUGUCAACCAUAUCAUUAUCAGCUACCUCCGGGGCAGCCAAAUCAUACAUGUGGAGGAGCAAAUGUUUGGUCUGAUAUUAAUAGCGGUAGUGAGAUUUUCUGUUCAGAAGGCUCAUUCUGUCCAACAACAGUCCAGAAAAAUAAUUGCAGUAGUGGGCAUUAUUGUAGAACAGGCUCUACAUCUGAAACAAAUUGCUUCAAAUUGACUUCAUGCAAAGCCAACUCUUCAAGUCAAAAUAUUCAUGCAUAUGGAAUUUUGCUCAUUGCUGCACUAACUACUGUGCUAAUUAUUAUUUACAACUGCUUCGACCAAGUUCAUACCACUCGAGAGAGGAGACUAGCCAAAUCCAGGGAAGCAGCAGCAAGAAGUGCAAGGGAAACAGCAAAAGCCCGACAGAGGUGGAAGAAUGCAAAAGAUUCAGCUAAAAAACAUGCAAGUGGAUUGCAAGCUCAUCUCUCUCAUACUUUUUCUCGUAAGAAAUUGGACAAGCAUCCGGAAAAACUUAGGAUUUUGAAUGAAGAUAAAGCUGAAACAGAAGAUGAUUUAUAUCCACCUACACACUCAAGUACUUUCUCUACAUCUCAGCCAUUAUCUGCACCAUCUCAAGGGAAGAAAAGGGAACCUGGUGACCUCAUGCAGAUGAUGCACGAAAUUGAACGUGAUCCCGAUGGUUAUGAGGGUAUUAAUCUUGAAAUUUCAAAUCCAAAUGCUGCGGGAAACACGCCCAACAGAAAAGAAAUGACUACUCAUAGCCAGAUUUUUAAGUAUGCAUAUGCUCAACUUGAGAGAGAGAAAGCUAUGGAGCAACAGCAAAAGGAUCUUACCUUCUCAGGAGUAAUUAAGAUGGCUACCGAUAAUGGAAUCAAGAGAAGGCCUUUAAUUGAAAUUUCAUUCAAAGAUCUAAGCCUUACAUUGAAAUCCAAAAACAAGCAUUUAUUGAGGUGCGUAACAGGAAAAAUAAAGCCUGGCCGUGUUACUACUGUCAUGGGUCCAUCAGGAGCUGGAAAGACAACCUUUCUUUCAGCUCUUGCUGGGAGAACAAUUGGAUGCAACUUGAGCGGGGUGGUUCUUAUAAAUGGGAAAAAUGAGUCUAUCCGCUCCUAUAAAAAAAUCAUUGGUUUUGUUCCACAAGAUGAUAUCGUCCAUGGAAACUUAACGGUGGAAGAGAAUCUUUGGUUCAGUGCUCAUUGUAGACUAUCUGCUGACUUGCCCAAACCGGAUAAAGUUUUGGUUGUUGAAAGAGUUAUCGAGUCUUUGGGGCUGCAAACAGUACGAGAUUCCUUGGUUGGAACGGUUGAGAAGCGAGGAAUUUCAGGAGGACAGAGGAAGCGAGUAAAUGUGGGGUUAGAAAUGGUAAUGGAACCUUCACUUUUGAUCUUAGACGAGCCCACCUCUGGUCUGGAUAGUGCAUCCUCUCAGCUUUUGCUUAGAGCCCUCAGGCGUGAAGCUCUUGAAGGUGUGAACAUCUGCAUGGUCGUCCACCAACCAAGCUACACCUUGUUCAAAAUGUUUGAUGACUUAAUACUGCUGGCAAAAGGUGGCCUUACUGUUUAUCAUGGUCCUGUAAAGAAAGUUGAAGAUUACUUUGCUGGCCUUGGGAUUAAUGUGCCAGAGCGUGUUAAUCCUCCGGACCAUUAUAUUGAUAUUUUGGAGGGAAUAGUGAUGCCAAGUGCGAGUUCAGGUGUGAAUUACAAAGAGCUUCCGGUCAGAUGGAUGCUGCACAAUGGGUACACGGUACCCCAUGAUAUGCAGCACUACGUUGCUAGGCUUGAAGGCCUUGUAAAUGAAAAUCCAGCACAUGAACCAAAUUUUGGUGAUGGAAAGGAGGAACAAUCUUUUGCUGGAGAAUUAUGGCAAGAUAUGAAGAGUCAUGUAGAGUUACAUGGAGAUCACAUACGUCAUAAUUUCUUGAAAUCUAGGGAUUUAUCAAACCGGAGAACUCCAGGUGUUUACCAGCAAUAUAGAUACUUCCUUGGAAGGGUAGUUAAGCAGAGACUACGGGAAGCUAAAAUGCAAGCAAUUGAUUAUUUGAUUUUAUUGCUUGCUGGAGCCUGCCUAGGAUCACUAGCCAAAGUGAAUGAUAAUAAUUUUGGUGCUGCUGGUUAUACAUAUACCAUCAUUGCAGUUUCUCUGCUUUGCAAAAUAGCGGCUUUGAGAUCGCUUUCUCUCGAUAAGUUGCAAUACUGGAGGGAGUGUUCGUCUGGUAUGAGUAGCUUGGCUUACUUUCUUGCCAAAGAUACAAUUGACCAUUUUAAUACAGUAAUUAAACCAGCAGUCUAUCUUUCUAUGUUCUAUUCGUUCACCAACCCGAGAUCUUCCUUUACGGAUAAUUACGUUGUUCUUCUAUGCCUUAUAUACUGCGUGACUGGUAUAGCCUAUGCAUUGGCCAUCUUUUUUGAACCAGGUCCGGCCCAGCUGUGGUCAGUUCUUCUUCCAGUUGUUUUAACUCUCAUUGCAACGCGGCCAAAAGAUAGUAGAACGAUGAAGAAUUUAGCUAACUUAGGUUAUCCUCAAUGGGCUCUGGAAGCACUUGUCAUUGCAAAUGCUGAGAGGUACUACGGAGUGUGGUUAAUUACUCGUUGUGGUUCGCUUCUGAAAAAUGGAUAUAAUCUUCAUCACUGGGGUCUAUGUAUAGGCGUCCUCAUGUUAAUCGGUAUCAUUACGCGUUUCAUUGCAUUCUUUGGUAUGGUAACAUUGAAAAAGAAGUGAAGGGUGCAUUUCAAAAAGAAAUUACCAUUCCUUUCUUCAUUUAAUCAUGUGUGUAUAUAUCCCAUGACGCGAACUGCUGAAGCAAUAGACGACAGUUUCGAGCGACAUUCGGUGUAGAUGAUGCUAGCAAUGAUUGCAGAAGAUAUCAUUGCAUACAAAAUUCUUUGAGUUUUGCAGUAUAGAAUAGGACAUACAAGUAAACCAGGAUUGACUCGAAAAGUACUUGUUAAAUGAGUCAAAGUUCGAACUACUCGGCCAAGUCGAGUUUGAACUUUAAGAUAUUCAACUCAAACAUACUAGUGAUUUUAAUCAGAUUUCGGUAAAUUUUUUUAGCUUUUAUAAUCAUAUGUAUUUACAUUGAUAUCAUUACUUUUGUACUAAAAUUUUAAUAUUGGUAAUUGGGGAAUUUUUUAAGUA